UAGGUGCACAAUCAGCCUCUGCACUACAAUGUCUAAAACCGGAGCCAAGAUCAGUUUCUACGAAGACAAACAUUUUCAAGGCCGCCACUAUGACUGCGAGUGUGACUGUGCCGACUUCUACUCCUACCUAAGUCGCUGCAACUCCAUCCGAGUGGAAGGAGGCACGUGGGCUGUGUAUGAGAGGCCCAACUUCGCUGGGCACAUGUACAUCCUAUCUCAGGGCGAGUACCCUGAGUACCAGCGUUGGAUGGGCCUCAACGACCGCCUGGGCUCUUGCAGAGCUAUUCACUUGGCGAGUGGAGGUCAGUAUAAGAUUCAGCUCUUUGAAAAGGGUGAUUUUAAUGGCCAGAUGCAUGAAACCACAGAAGACUGCCCUUCCACCAUGGAGCAGUUUCGGAUGCGAGAGGUCCACUCCUGUAAGGUUCUAGAAGGCACCUGGAUUUUCUAUGAGCUACCCAACUACCGUGGCAGACAGUAUCUUCUGGACAAGAAGGAAUACCGGAAGCCCAUCGAAUGGGGUGCAACCUCUCCUGCCGUCCAGUCACUCCGUCGCAUCACCGAGUGA